AUAAUUUUGCAGGUUAAUAGAUUUAUUGGCUUUUCCAAUGUCACCUGUGUCACCAUUUAUUUCCAUCUCUCACAUUCAAUAUUUCCUCUCUCUCUCUCUCUCUCUCGUCUCUCGCUAGAAAAAUUUCUAUUUGCAAGUUCCUCUCUUCCUACUGUAAAAACAAAAUUGCGGGUAAGGUACUCCAUUGACUGACAGUCUUAAUCAGAAACCUUGUUUACAAUCCAACGCAAGCACAUGACACCAAGCCUCAACAACUUUCUGGGAUUUGGGAGUUUUGGAGUUGGACUGACUUGCAGCUUUGCAUACCAGAUGGGGUUCUUUGGUUAGCUGCCUUAAGCUCAAAGCUGCAAUCUUGGUAAGUUCAUUUUUCCAAACCCAUUCUUUUGUUCUUGAAAAACAAAAACAAAAACAAAAAAUGGUGUGGAUGUGGAAGCUCCUUGAAAUCAAAGAAAAUGGGGUUUCUGCAUUUCCCACAUUCCCACCAAACAUUGUUCCUCAGCUUCCUCCCCCACCUCCAAAUCUCCAGUCAGAUAAUUUGAGUUUUGGGAACAAGGUCAGUCCAAGCAUACUGCUAAUAAUCGUAAUUUUAGCCAUAAUUUUCUUUGUUUCUGGGCUGCUCCACCUCCUUGUUAGAUUCCUCAUGAGGCCUCCUGCCAGAGAUUCAGAGGACUUGGAGAGUGUGACAGUUCUUCAAGGCCAACUGCAGCAACUGUUCCACCUCCAUGAUGCAGGGGUUGACCAGUCCUUCAUCGACACCCUCCCUGUCUUCCACUACAAAGCCAUCAUUGGAUUGAAAAACCCUUUUGAUUGUGCUGUCUGUUUGUGUGAGUUUGAGGGUGAGGAUAAGCUCAGAUUGCUGCCCAAAUGCAGCCAUGCCUUCCACGUGGACUGCAUUGACACUUGGCUCUUGUCUCACUCCACUUGCCCUCUCUGUAGAGCUACUUUGCUCCCUGACUUCUCUUCCAACAAUAGCUGCUCACCCAGUGUUUUUGUUCUUGAGUCUGGGAGUGACAGCUCCAGAGAGAUGAUCUCUGAUAGAGAUGGACACAAUUCCCAUCUGGGUUUUCAUGGAGACAUGGAAUUGGGGCAGCCCCGCGCCGAUGUGUCGAACAAAUCUUGCGAAAUUGUGGCGAAAGAUGAGGCUAACCCGGCGGUAACCGUGGAUUUGGGGGAGAAGGUAGUGCCCGUGAAGCUAGGGAAGUUCAGAAAUGUGGAUGGGGGUGGUGAGGGGAGUAGUGAAAGCAAUGCGGAUGCAAGGAGGUGCUUUUCUAUGGGAUCAUUUGCGUAUGUGUUGGAUGAAAAAUCUGAACUGCAAGUAGCGAUUGGAGCAUCGAUGAAAAAGCAGUCGACCAAGAAGCCUACUCUGCCGUUGGCUCCAGGUCACAGGCAAGCAAUGUCGGAAUGCGAUUGUGAGUCAACGAGAGAGUUCAAGUUCAGUGGCAUUGAAGCAAUCGGAAGCCUUGAAACUCAAGUGACUAGCACUAGUGCUAGUAUUACUAAUGGCAGUGGCAGUAAUGGCAUUGAGUGGAGCAAGAGGGAGAGCUUCUCGAUAUCGAAGAUUUGGCUUAGGGGGAAGAAGGAGAAGCCAAAUGGGGCGUCGUAUUCGUCAAGAAGGGCCUUUUCUUUCCGGUUUCCGGUGCAUCGGAGUGCUAUGGUUGCAGGGGAGGAAGUGAAGGGCAAGAAUGUUGGGACUGAGAGUCGGAGGAUAAUCUCAGAGAUUGACAUAAGGAGGUGGGAAAAUGGAGGGAGUGAAAUGGGUUGUGAUGAGGAGAAUGUUAGCUGUAACAGUUUGGAUUCACAAGCAAAUCCACCAUCUUUUACUAGGAGAACGCUCCUUUGGCUUAUGGGAAGACAACAGAACAAAGUUGUUCAUUCAUCACUUGAUCCUAGUGUUUAAGUAGGUUUUUAUUAUUUAAUUUAUUUGAUUUUGAUUUAUCUCUAGACAAAUUAUAAUCUUUGAUUGCUUCCUCUCAUAGUAUAUGUAACUGGAGGCACAUUCGAACUUAGAUGCGGAAUAGAGCAAUUUUGGCUAUUGCCAAUGCCUAUUACAUGCAUAUAUGUAUUUUUAAAUUAAAUAGAUGAGCAAAUUGUUGAUUUCCUUUCAUUUAAGUAAGGGCAAUUAGCCACAACAAUCAAAUUUUGUUACAGAA